AUGUCAGAUUCCAAAAAAGAUAUGGAACGAAAAAAAAAGGAGGUGAUGAAGAAACUGAAGAAUGGUGAAUUUAUUGCUAAGGCAGAACCACCAUCUUCAUCGCAUGGUUCAUUUUGGCAACAUUUAUUACGUGUUAAAUCUUCCAAUGAUGAAUAUCAACCAUUCGUUCAAUGCCGAUUAUGCAAUGACAUUUUAUCAUAUUCAAUUUCUAAUGGAACUUCUACCAUUAGUUAUCAUGUUAAAAAUUGUCUUGAAAAAUCAAAUCAACCAAAGAACAAUUAUACUCUUGAUAAAUAUUUAAAUAAACCAAAUGAAGUUAAUGUAUCAGCUGAUGAUAAACGGUCAAUUACAGUAGCCUGUGCAAAAUUUUGUUCAUUUGAUAUGAGAUCUUUCAAUAUUGUAAAAGGUUCUGGUUUUACAUAUUUAUGUCAAUCAUUACUUAAUCUUGGCUAUCAAUAUGGUGUUGCUAAACUUGGUACACCUUCAUCAACAUCAUUAUUACCUGAUCCAACCAAUAUCGCUCGUACUGUUUCUCGAAUAUCAGAAGAUUACCGAAAAAAAUUGAAAGAUAUCCUGAAGAUUGAUUUACAAGGUGUGAAAUUAAUAGGCAUAUCAACAGACUAUUGGAAGAAUAGUGGUACAAGUGAGAGUUAUUUAACAAUUAAUGUUCAUUACUGCAGAGAUGAAGAAAAUAUUACUUACAUGUUACAUACUUGCUUAUUCGAACAAUCAAAAACAGGUGAUAAUACAAGAAAAAAAAUCUUUUUUAUCUUGGCAGGUUAUGAUAUUGAUCCAGACAAGUAUCAUAUAAUCUACAUAACAGAUAAUGGUUCAAAUCUUGUUUGUGGCUUGAAGGGAGAAGUACAUCUUAGAUGUAUUUGCCAUUGCUUGAAUUUAGCAUUACAUAAUGGUGUUAAACUAUGUCCAAACUUAGAAUUGUUAAUUAAGUCAUGUCAGGAAUUGUGUAGCCAUUUUAAACGUUGUGAAAUGAAUCAAUUAUUGCCAUCUAGUCUCAAACUGAAUGUUGAAACUCGUUGGAACUCGAUUCAUGAUAUGCUUGAAUCAAUAUCAUUGAACUUCGACAAUUGUGAAGAUCUUUUGUUGGAACGAGAUGAAACACAUUAUUUGCAUAAUAUUAAUCGAAAAUUAGUUAUAGAACUCGAGAAAUUUUUAUCAUUAUUCAAAGUAGCAAGUGAACAAUUAUCUGCUGAUACUUCACCGACACUACAUCUAGUUGUUCCUUGGUUUUGGAAAUUAAAAGGUUCUUGUACGCUUAAAGACGAUGAUCAUUUAUUAUUAAUUCAACUUAAAAAUGCUGUUUCAAAGAUGUUGGAUGAGAAAAUUCAUUUGACAUCAUUACAUUAUAUAGCUACAUGUUUAUAUCCUUCAACGAAAAAGCUUCAAAUAUUAGAUGAUAACUAUCGAACUGAAACUUAUGCUGAUAUUAGAAAAAUAAUGAUAACACUUGAUAUUCGUGAAGAAUGCUUAUCUUUAUCAUCUGAAAUGAACUCUAGAAUUACCAACAAACGAUCAAAAAAAAUGAAAAACAAUCAUGUUGUAGAAAAUGAUGUUAUGGUUGAAUUUGCUGGAGAUGUCGAGGAAGACUCAGAUGAUGAGUCAGACGAACUAGAUCGUUAUCUUACAACAAAAACUUCAUUCACAAAAGAUGAUACAUUAUUAAAAUGGUGGAAAAAACAUUCUCUAAUAUUUUCACAACUUGCUAUGCUAGCAAAAUCUUUAUUUGGAAUUCCAGCAAGUUCAGCAACAUCAGAACGUGUUUUUAGUUCGUUUGGAAGGAUUUUAGAAAAACGAAGACAAUUAUUAAGUCCAGAUGUUGUCGACGAUAUGUUAAUGAUUCGAAAUUUUCGAGAUAUGUGA